CCCAGUGACAUAGCCAUGUUGCUGACCUAUUUCAUUUAACCCUGUUUCUCUUUCUAAUCUUGAAGUUAUUAGAGACUCUAGCGCCUUGCCAAGGGUCGGUAACAGACUUAUAGCAAUGGAGUCAGUAUAUACUGUUUUUGACAUAAAUGAUAAAAUAGUGUACUCAACAACAGACAAUGGAUCAAAUUUUGUCAAGAGUUUUAAAGUUUAUGGUCAAAAAAAUGAUGUUGAUUUACCAAUUGAAAAUAAUAUCACUCUUUUAUCUGAUAGUGAAAAAUCGGACGAUUUUGAUAUAAGUGAUGAAAAUACAGAUGGUACAGCUUAUGUAAAUAUUGCAGACCUAUUUGAUGAAGCAGAAGAUAUAGAUUAUAUUCUACCCAAGCAUCAUAGAUGUGCUGCGCAUACUUUGAAUCUAAUUGCAACCAAUGACAUAGAAAAAGAGUUGGCUUCUGUAAAAAGUAAAUCUUCAACACUAUGGACCUACAAACAGCAAUGUAGAGCUACUUUUGCUAAAGCUAAUAAUCUAUGGAACAAACAAAACCGCUCUACUCAAGUUGCAGACAGUAUUAAAGAAUGUUUUGGUGUGUAUCUAGUGACACCAAAUGAAACCAGAUGGAAUUCCACUUAUGAUUCCAUUACCUUUUUAUUGAAUCAUAUUAAAGUGAAUUUUUCAAAAUCUGUUAGAUUGUGUGACUCAAUUGGUGUUGUGCGUUUUAAAAAAGAAGAUAUUGAUUUUAUGGAAGAUUAUGUAACUAUCAUGGAACCUCUAGCAGCUGCCCUCGAUAUUCUACAGGGUGAAAAAAACAUGUAUUUUGGUUUUUUACUGCCUACUAUUUCUAUAUUGUUAUCAAAAUAUGAUGAUUUGCUUACAAAAAAGAGAUUAAAUUAUUGUGCAACAUUAAUUAAUAUUAUCAAAACAAGCAUUGAAACACGCUUUCGAAAAGAACAAGCAGAUAAGUUUUUAGUUAUUGCUGCUUUAUCUCAUCCAUAUUUUAAGACAUUGUGGAUAAAUAAUAAUAUAAUCAAAGAUUUGGCUGUUGCUAACUUCAAAGAAGCUGUUUUAAAAAAAUCAAAGUCUGAAGGUAUUGAGACAUCUAACAUAAAUUAUGAAAAUACUAAUAAACAUGGUGAUGAAACAUCUUCAUUUUUUUCUUGGUCCAAAAUUCAUUCAAAUUCCAAUAUUUCCAUUGAAAAUGAAAUAUCAAGUUUUUUGAAUAAGAGCCCUACGAAGAAUUUAUUGUCCCCGGAGGUUUCGGUGUGUCCGCGCCCCAGGCGCCGGCCCCAACUGGCCAUGUUCCCUUUCAGUCGCCUCUUACGACAAGCAGGGAUUACUGAUGCUGAAUUCUGA